AUGGCUGAAGAUGCUCCAAGGUGGCCCCUGACCCUCUUCCCACCUUCUCUGCCCACAGCCAUGCCUAGGGGGCAGAAAAGCAAGCGCCGUACCCAGGAGAAGCGCCAAAUACUCCGUGCUGAGUUCCAGAGAGAAGCCGAAGCCAUUGUAGCAGCUGAUGAGUACUAUUACCCUGUGUCGACUGUCAUUUGCAGCUCCGCACAGCCCCCCAGCAGCCAGCCGGGCACCUCUGCUGGGUAUGAGCGGCCCCCGGGCUACCCAGAUUUCUCACCCAAAGACCCCGUGACGCAGAAGGCAGACAUUCUAAUGCAUUUUCUGCUGCACAAAUACAAACUGAAAGAGCCUAUCACCAAGGCUGAAAUGCUGAAAUUCAUCGGCAACAGUUUCAGGUCGCAUUUUGCUGAGGUCCUGCAUAGAACCUCGGAGCGCAUGGAGCUCGUCUUCGGCCUUGACCUGAAGGAGAUUGACUCCACCAAUCACACUUACCUGCUCAUCAGCAAACUCGACCUUGUCAACGAAAACAACAUAAACAAUGACGGCUCGGACUUCCCCAAGAGCGGGCUUCUCAUGCCUCUCCUCGGCGUCAUCUUCAUGAGUGGCAAUCGGGUGUCGGAGGAAGAUAUGUGGGAGUUUCUGAGUAUGCUGGGCAUCUAUGACGGCAGGAAGCAUUUCAUCUUUGGGGAACCCAGGAAGCUCAUCACCAAAGACCUGGUGGAUGAGGAGUACCUGGAAUACCGCCAGGUACCUGGUAAGGUUCCACCUAGCUACGAAUUCCUGUGGGGUCCCAGAGCCCGUGACGAAGUCAGUAAGAUGCAGGUGCUGGAAUUUAUGGCUAAGGUCAAUGGCACACCACCUAGCACUUUCUCAUCUUGUUAUGAAGAGGCUUUGCGCGCUGAAGAAGAGCGUGUCCAAGCCCGAGCUACAGCCAAAAUUGCUGCUUCUGCCCACGCUAGGGCCCGUGGCCAGGCCAGGUCUGAAAACAACCCCAGAUAA